AUGGCGUCCUCGGCUCGCCUGGUCACCAUCAAGCGGAGCGGCGACGACGGCGCGCACUUCCCGCUGAGCCUCAGCUCCUGCCUGUUCGGAAGGAGUAUUGAAUGUGACAUUCGUAUCCAACUGCCUGUAGUGUCAAAAAAACAUUGCAAAAUUGAAGUCAAUGGGCAAGAGGCAAUAUUGUAUAAUUUCAGUUCCACAAAUCCAACGCAAGUGAAUGGGGCUACUAUAGAUGAGCCUGUGCCGCUGAAACAUGGAGAUAUAAUAACAAUCAUUGACCGAUCUUUUAGGUAUGAAAAUGGAAAUCAUGAGGAUGGAAGCAGCUCAGUGGGAUGUCCAGGAAAAUCACCUGCACAGGAACCAGCAUGGCGAGCUUCGAGAGCUAACUUCUCUGUUGACCCUGAUGGGAAAGGUCAAGAUGCCAAAGCUUCAAAAACCAUUGCUUCAAGAAGAUCUUUGGUUCAUGCCAAGAGGCUCUCUGGAGACAGUUUGGUCUCAGAUGGCUCAAAGGACAGUGUUACCCAAGAUCCAUCCAAUAUGUGUUCUUCAGGGCAUGUAGAACAGCACAGUGGCAGAAGCAUAGGAGAGCUCACAUCUGGUGCUCUUUUGAAGAAGUCCAGGGCUACAGGGAGUAGUUACAGGGAACUGAAGUCUCCUACACAGAGCCUUAACAACAGCAAGAAAAAUGACUCUCCCUUUGAGAAACUUUAUCAGUCGAUGAAGGAAGAGUUGGAUAUAAAGUCACAGAAACAGUCUCGUAGAAAGUCAGAACCACAACCUGAAUGUGCAGCAGGCAAAGAUACAUGGGAAACAAAGCUAUUGGUGUCAUGCAAGUCAAGACCAAAAUCCAGUGGAAGCACGCCUGGGACUGCAGCCUCUUCACCCAAAGUAGACAAGAUCGGGGCUGAGAAACAGAGCAAUGGUGUGGGGCCUGUUGAGACUUCCACAGAGGCUCCGAGCUCCAGCUUUCCUCUCUCUGAGGCAGCUAAGAUGAAGACCCCUAUGCGAAAUCCGCAGCUGCUUAAGAAUGAAGACUUGCAUGUUACUGGCAGAAGAGAGUCUGUGAAUCUGGGUGAAAGUGAAGGUGCCAAGGCAGGUCAUAGGAUAGUCACUCCUAGGAAGCUGGGAACUAGAAACCAAACUUCAGUGAAAGUUGAAUAUGCUGCCAGCCCUGCUGAUACACCAGAGAAUCUCUCUUCCAAAAAGAGGAGGAGUAUUCCUGCAAAGGAAGAAGUGCUGUCUGCAGAAACACAAAACUGGUUCUCUUCAACUCAACACCUUUCUCCAAGUGAAAAGAGAACUCUGAAGGAUUCCUUCAGCAAGCCUGAGAAAUUGGCCACUGCAGCUGAGCAGAUUUGCUCUGGGCUACCUGGUCUUAGUUCUGUUGAUAUCGGCAACUUUGGUGACUCCAUUAACAAGAGUGAGGGAAUAUCUGUGAAGAGAAGACGUGUAUCGUUUGGUGGUCAUCUAAGACCUGAAUUAUUUGAUGAGAACUUGCCUCCUAAUACACCACUCAAAAGAGGAGAAACACCGACCAGGAGGAAGUCACUUGCCACUCACACUCCAGCUGUCCUGAAGAAAAUCAUCAAGGAACGGCCUCAGUCACCAGGGAAACAAGAGUCUCCUGGAAUAUCUCCACCAAAGGCAAAUGAUCAAAGACGCAGAUCAGGCAGGAGCUUGCCUGCUUCCAGUGACAGCAAAUCCUUACAUCAGACAGACACUCCCAAGAAAGCAGGCAGGAAGAGUAGCAACCUGCCUGCCAAGAGAACAUCUAUCAGCCGAAGUCAGCAUGACAUUUUACAGAAGAUUUGCUCCAAAAGAAGGAGUGGUGCUUCUGAAGCCAACCUGAUUGUUGCAAAAUCAUGGGCAGAUGUCGUAAAACUCGGCACAAAACAAACACAGACAAAAGUUGUAAAACAUGUUCCUCAAAAGCAGAUGAGCAAAAGACAAAGAAGACCCAAUACUCCAAAGAAACCUACAAGCAACCUUCACAAUCAAUUUAGCACAGGCCAUGCAAACUCUCCCUGUACCAUUGUAAUAGGGAGAGCUCAGAUUGAAAAAGUAAGCAUGCCUGCUAGGCCCUACAAAAUGCUGAACAACUUAAUGUUAAACCGAAAAAUGGACUUCAAUGAAGAUUUGUCAGGACUAACGGAAAUGUUCAAGACUCCAGUGAAGGAGAAGCAGCAGCAGAUGAAUGACAUGGGCUCCAUUCUUUCCAAUUCAGAGAAUUUACCUGAAAAACAGUUUCAAGUAACUAAUUCAGAAGACAAACCUCUGCCUAUCACCUCAGAGAUUUUAGGAGAAAAUGUGCCAUUCAGUACUUGCAAUGCAGCAAAGGAGCCAUGUGAUAAAUAUUCUGCAAGUCCUAUCUUAAGACGGAGGAGCAUCAAAAGUGAAAACACAGUGCAAACUCCUAGGAAUGUCCCUAACAUUACUCACCAUGAAAAGAAGACUCCAGGCUCUGUGACAGAGCCUCUGAAGACAGUAUCCAGUGUGAGUAAGUUAAGAAGGUCUAGAGAGCUCAGACAUACACUUGUAGAAAGUAUGCCUGAAAACACAGAAGACCUUGCCGAGGGCAUCAAAGGCAGACACUUAAGGAAGAUAUCACUGCAAGGACAAGAAGUGGACCGACAGGUGCAGGACAGUGAAAACUCCUCACAAAGAUUCAAGGAAAAUGGUGAAUUAAAAGAAGAUCCAGAAAAAACAUCAGUUAUGAGAUCAAGUGCUAGGGAGCAGAAGCCAACAAAAGACGCAAUAGGAAGUCAGAUGAUCACCCAAACUGCAGCCUGUGCUGAGGAACUACUUAAUCAAGAAAAAGGAACCACAGAAGAACCAAAGGAAUCCAUGCACAUGCAAACCGCACCAAUAUGUGAUCAUCAAAGAGCUAAAAAGCAGAACGUGGAACUAGUAUGUGCAGCUAAAGUGAAGCGCUGGUCAAGGACUCCUGACAAAAAGACUCAAUCUCUAGAAGGCUUAGGUAGUCUCAAGGAGCCCUUCGAAACAUCAAACUGCAGAGACAAACCCAUAGGCAAUGAUAAAACCAAAGGCCUUUGUAAAUCCCCACAACCCACAACAGAGAAGACCAAAACAAGCACAAAAACACAGCCCACGACAUCUGGGAAGAAAGUAGACAUGAAAGAACAGUCUUCACUAAAGACAUCUGUACACAUGUCAGGAGGAACCAGGCAUACUUCCAAAGUUCCAGAACUUGAGCAUGGGAGCAUCAAAGCUUUAAAGGAACCUGAAAAUCAAAUGCUGGAUGUAAUUGUAACUAGUACCAAGAGGCCAGUAGGAAAAGCUAAAGAAAAGGCUCAGACCAUGCAAGACAUGGCUGGUUUCCAGGAACUCUUUCUAUCACCAGUCCCUGGUGCCAAAAUCACAAAAAUGCCCAACAAAUCUCCAUUUCCAGAACUGGUCAGAAACCCAGCAAGCAAAAGGAGUCUCUCCAAGACAGGACUUGAUAAGGUGGAUGUGAGAGAAGAGCCUCCCACACUUGGGAAACGAACAAAGUCUCCAGGCAGAGCCACACACACCCCCACAGCACCAGUGCUGGAAGACAGUGACACCACAGCCCUUAUGGAAACGCCAAAGCAGAAACUGGAUUUCACAGAGAAUUCAACAGGAUAUAAGAGAAGGUCACGGACACCUAAGAUCAGGGCUCAACCCCUAGAAGACCUGGAUGGCUUCCAAGAACUCUUCCAAACUCCAGUUGGUGCCAGUGACCCAGUGACUGUUAGGGAAACUGCAAAAGUGUCUUUGGAAUCACUACAUUCAGAACCGGUCAGAACCCCAGCAAGCAAAAGGAGACUGUCCAAGACAGGUCUCAGAAAAGUGGAUGUGAGAGAAGAACCUUCCACACUUGGGAAACGAACAAAGUCUCCAGGCAGAGCCACACACCCCCUCACAGCACCAGUGCUGGAAGACAGUGACACCACAGCCCUUAUGGAAACGCCAAAGCAGAAACUGGAUUUCACAGAGAAUUCAACAGGAUGUAAGAGAAGGUCGCGGACACCUAAAAUCAGUGCUCAACCCCUAGAAGACCUGGAUGGCUUCCAAGAACUCUUCCAAACUCCAGUUGGUGCCAGUGACCCAGUUACUGUUGGGGAAACUGCAAAGGUGUCUUUGGAAUGUCCACAACCAGAACCAGUCAGAACACCAGCAAGUAAAAGGAGACUGUCCAAGACAGGUCUCAGAAAAGUGGAUGUGAGAGAAGAGCCCUCCACACUUGGGAAACGAACAAAGUCUCCAGGCAGAGCCACACAUACACCCACAGCACCAGUGCUGGAAGACAGUGACACCAAAGCCCUAAUGGAAACACCAAAGCAGAAACUGGAUUUCACAGAGAAUUCAACAGGAUGUAAGAGAAGGUCACGGACACCUAAGACCAGGGCUCAACCCCUAGAAGACUUGGAUGGCUUCCAAGAACUCUUCCAAACUCCAGUUGGUGCCAGUGACCCAGUGACUGUUGGGGAAACUGCAAAGGUGUCUUUGGAAUGUCCACAACCAGAACCAGUCAGAACCCCAGCAAGCAAAAGGAGACUGUCCAAGACAGGUCUCAGAAAAGUGGAUGUGAGAGAAGAGCCUUCCACACUUGGGAAACGAACAAAGUCUCCAGGCAGAGCCACACACACACCCACAGCACCAGUGCUGGAAGACAGUGACACCACAGCCCUAAUGGAAACACCAAAGCAGAAACUGGAUUUCACAGAGAAUUCAACAGGAUGUAAGAGAAGGUCACGGACACCUAAGACCAGGGCUCAACCCCUAGAAGACUUGGAUGGCUUCCAAGAACUCUUCCAAACUCCAGUUGGUGCCAGUGACCCAGUUACUGUUGGGGAAACUGCAAAGGUGUCUUUGGAAUGUCCACAACCUGCACCGGUCAGAACCCCAGCAAGUAAAAGGAGACUGUCCAAGACAGGACUUGAUAAGGUGGAUGUGAGAGAAGAGCCUUCCACACUUGGGAAGCGAACAAAGUCUCCAGGCAGGGCUGCAUGCACACCCACAGCACCAGUGCAACAGGAAAAAGGGAUAAAAGCAAUGAUGGAAACUUCAAAUCAGAAAAUGGAGCCUGUAGGAAAUUUAACUGGGCCUAAGAAACAGCUUAGAACACCUAAGGAAGAGGUCCAAUCUCUAGAAGACCUAACUGAUUGCCAGGAGCUCUUCCAAACACCAAUCCAUGGCAAUGGCCCAUUGGUUGUUGGGAAAACCAAAAAAAUGUCCUUUAAUUCUCCACAACCAGAACCUGUCAUAACCCUAAAAAGCAUAAAGAGAAAGUCCAGGGCAAGUAUUGGUAAAAUGGAAGUGAAAGAACUUUCAGAGUCAGAGAAACACCCACAAAUAGAAAAAGCCAUAGACACACUCCAGGUACCCAAUGAUAACACUAUCAUUAGAACAUUGAAGCAAUCUGCAAAGCGGAAACUGGAUCCAGCAGCUAAUGUGCCUAGCAGCAAGAGGCCACGACGUGCAUCUAAAGAUAAGACACCAUGCCUGGAAGACCUCAGUGGCUUCCAACAGCUCUUCCAAACACCAGGCCAUACUAAAGAUUCAUUCACUGUUGGUGAAACCUUAAAAAUGUCCAGCAAAUCUCCAUAUUCAGGACCAGUUAGAAGCCAAACUAGUAGGAAGAGUAUGGCCAAGAUAAGUCUUAGGAAGAUGGGUGUGACAGAACUUUCAGCACUCUGGAAGCAGUCACCAGGCAAAGCCCCCACAGCACCAGUGCAGCAGGAUAAUGGGAUACAAGCAAUUGUGAAGAAGACUCCAAAGGAUAAACUAGAGACUGCAGCAAAUGUAACUGGGCUUACAAGACAGCAAAGAGCACCUAAGGAAAAAGCCCUAGACCUGGAAGACCUUAGUGGCUUCCAAGAACUCUUCCUAACACCAGGCCACAGCACUGACCCACUAACUGAUAACAAAAGAACAAGUGUACCCUUGAAGUCUCCACAACCAGGACUUGUUAGAACCCCACAAACCUCAAAGAGACUAGCCAAGACAAGUCUUGGGAAAGUGGGUGUGAGAGAAGCGAUCUCCUCACUGAAUGUGCCUGGGCGAGCUACAGGGGAGAUUGUACACAUACCCAGACUUCCAGAAGAUGAUGGUAGAGGGAACAAGGAUCUGAAGGAAUCCAGAACUCAGACACUGGGCUCAUCUUUAAGUGUAACUGGUAGCAAGAAGCAGCGUGGGGCACGUAAGGAAAGGUCUCAGUCCCCAGAAGACUUAUUGGGUCUCCAGGAGCUCUUCCAAACACCAGCUAGUCACAAAGACUCAAUGACUGUUUGUGAAACUACAAAGAUGUCUUUGGUGUCUUCAGAACCAGAACAUAUCAGUACCCCAGCAAGCACAAAGAGACUAUCCAAGACAGGACUUGAUAAGGUGGAUGUGAGAGAAGAGCCUUCCACACUUGGGAAACGAACAAAGUCUCCAGGCAGAGCCACACAUACACCCACAGCAUCAGUUCUGGAAGACAGUGACACCACAGCCCUAAUGGAAACGCCAAAGCAGAAACUGGAUUUCACAGAGAAUUCAACAGGAUGUAAGAGAAGGUCACGGACACCUAAAAUCAGCGCUCAACCCCUAGAAGACCUGGAUGGCUUCCAAGAACUCUUCCAGACUCCAGUUGGUGCCAGUGACCCAGUGACUGUUGGGGAAACUACAAAGGUACCUUUGGAAUGUCCACAACCAGAACCAAUCAGAACCUCAGCAAGCACAAAGAGACUGUCCAAGAAAGGUCUUGCUAAGAUGAAUGUGAGAGAAAAGCUUUCUUCACUAAAUAAGCCAAGGUGCUCAUCACAGAAAGUCAUGCAUGAAACCAGACUUUCAGAACAUGAUGGCAGAGGAACCAUAGAUUUGAAGGAAUCUGUGACUCAGAUAUUGGACCCAGCAGUAAGUGUAACUCACACCAAGAGCCAGCGAGGGGCAUGUAAGAAAAGAUCCCAACCCCCAGAAGACCUAUUUGGUCUCCAGGAGCUCUUCCAAACACCAGGACAUGAUAAGGAUUCAGUGGCAGGUGAUAAGCUCACAAAAAUGCCCCACAGGUCACCAUCACCAGAGCCAGUAGACACUUCAGUAACCUCACAGAGACAGCCCAGAACUAGACUGAUGAAAGUUCAUGUGAAAAGUGAACAAUCAGGAGACAGAAUGCUUCCACAAAUGUCAGGAGAAAUCAUGGACAUAUCUAGAAUAGCAGAAGGUGAAGAUAAAGGCAUUAGAACAAGGAAACAAUCUCUAAAGCGGAAAUUGAACACAGCAGUCAGUGUGCCCAGCAGCAAGAGGCAACGAGUUGCACAGACCCUAGAGGAUCUGCCUAGCUACCAAGAACUCGACCAGCCUCCAAACUCAGUAGUGGACUCAGUGACUGUUGACAAAGCCACAAAGAUGCCCAGCAAAUCUCCAAAGCCCAUGGACACAACUUCAAAGAUACAGCCAGGAAGAAGACUCAGGAGAGUCAAUGUGACCAAAGAGGCUGUAGCACAAAGAAAGACUACGAGAGUGUUACGGGAAACCAGAAACACACACAAAGAGCCUGUGGGAGACAGAAUAGGUAACAAAGAGUUUAAGGAAUCUUCAGUGCAGAAACCAGACCCAGGAAGCAUAACUGGCAAGAGAAGCCAACCAAGGACACGUAAGGAGAAGACCCAACCCUUAGAGGAGCUGCCUAGCAUCCAAGAGGAAACAGCUACAAGAAUGUCUUGUGAAUCUCUACAACCAGAAGAAAAGGAAACCUCAACAGCCUCAAAGAGGCAGCUCAGAAUACGACUGUGCAAAGUCGGUGUGAAAGAAGAGCCCAUAGCAUCGAGAAAGCCACCAGGCAGGGAAACCAGGAGCACACUCAAAGAGCCCAUGAGUGAUACUGGAAAUGUUGAAGAGCUUAAAGAGUCUACAAAGCGGAAGACUGACCCAGCAGCAAGUGUGCCUGUCAGCAAGAGGCCACGCAGGGUACCCAGGGAAAAAGCACAACACCUAGAACUGGCUGGCCCCAAAACACCAGUCCAAAUCCCAGAUCCCACUGAGGAAUCAGCAAGUGAUAAAAGACUCCCACAGAUGCCCUCUACUGCUCUACAACCAGAGCAAGUAGACAGCCUCCAGACCUCACCAAGACGUCCCAGGACAAGACGCAGGAAAGUAGAGGUGGAUGAAGAGCCUUCAGUAGUGAGGAAGACAGUGCCAACAUUAAGGCAAACCACACGAUCCUGCAAGGUCCCUGAAAUUGAUGAUAAAGACACCCAAGCUUCAAAGGAGCCUGUAAAGCAGAAAUUAGAAAUAGUUGCGAAUGUAACUGGCAGCAGGAGGCAGCUAAGGGCACCUAAGGGCGGGGUCCAACCUCUUGAAGUCUUGGGUGACUCCAAAGAAAUAACUCAAAUAUCAGAGCACACUGAGGAACUAAGACCUGACACCAGUAAGAGCACUCUACAGCAAGUGCCAGACUCCAUAAAACCUCUGAGAACAUGCCGGAGAGUGCUAAGGGCCUCUAAAGAGGACACUGUGGAAACCAUGAAAAUGUCGGUGGAUACCAGAGACCCUGAAGAAUCACAAAGCAAAAGCAACACUUUCCUGCCUCCCAAGAGAAAGUCUGCAAGAGAUGGAAGCGUUUCAAGAACCAGGGGGUUGCGUUCUGUGACUCCAAAGCAGGAGGCAACAGAUGAGAAACUUGUACCUAAGACACAAAGGACUGCUCCCAGCAAAAGGCAAGUGUCACCUGAGCCCGUGAAGAUGAAACACCUGAGAAUCAUGUCAAGCAAAAUUGAACCAGUGGAAGAGGAGAUUAGCACCAUCAUGAAAACAGAAGAAAAGGAAGCCCCUCCAGAUCAGAAAAUGCCUCUGCCCUCCAGAAACCAAAAGAAAACCAAUGGAAAACAGCCAAGACCUGAGGUUAGUGCAUCUGCAGAGACGGUUGGGAUCAAGAAAAAUGAGAAGACCAUGGAGACCUCCCCGGAGACAGAGCUGCAUGGCACAGAUGAUGGAGCUAAGAAGUCUACUGCUAGGGACAAAGUCAGUGGGAAAAGAACGUGCUUGAGGUCUAGAGGUCCGAGGGAGCUUCCCCAGCCUUGUGCAGCAGAGGAGAAACCAAGUGAGACGGAGGCGGAGAUCUUGAUAAAGACUCAGAAAAAGAAAGGAGUCUCUGGAGAUUCAGAUGUCAGACGUUUGAGAUCCAGAAAAACUGGAGCCACUGCAGACACUGAACCUAAGCCAAGAGUAACUCAGGGCGCCAAGAAAGAUACAGAAGUUCCAAAGAAGGAUGAAGACAUUGUGUACACCAAGAAAUUAAGGACAAGAAGUCACCAGAAUAGUAAAAAUAUGUAGGGAAGACAUUUAAGAAAGAAACGUAAA